UUGUAGAUGAUCCAUUUUCCAUUGAAUAUUUAGAUAAAAAAAAAUAUUAAAAAGGAAAAAGAAAAAUAGUGUAAAUUAUCUAAAACGCUGUCAUAUAAAAUGAUGAAUUUAAUUUAUGAUUAUAGUAAUAUCAUAUGAUUGCGUAUUUGCUCGCACGACCCAAAAAUAAAAAAUGCCCACUUGCCCAUCUGUAAACAUGACCACUAAUCUUAACUUAUUAAUUAAAUAACGAAGAAAAUUAAACAUCUCCUUUCUCCUAUAAUCCCACCAUUUCCAUAAACUCUCACCUCAUUACAUACACUUACUCCAUCAAAUCAUAUAUAUCUUCUUUUUCUCCCUCCUUUUUCUUAUUUUUAACCAAAAAUAUCAACUUUUUAGGACAACUCUUUUAAUUAAUUAAGGAAAACAAUUGAUUUUUGUGUUUUGUUUUGGGUUCUUCAAAUAAUUAAUCAUGGUUAUGGAAAAUAGAUAUAGAACAAGCUCGUAUAUCACACAUGAACAAGAUGACCCUCAGAGCUCAUUAGAAAAUGGAGCACCCGAUUCGCCAUUCUCCGGCGAUGACUCAAGAGCCACCGCCACCGCUCCUCCUAAAAAAAGUAGGAGGAGCAUACAAAAAAGAGUGGUAUCAGUACCAAUAGGAGAAGUAGAUGGAUCAAGGAGCAAAGGGGAGACAUAUCCACCGUCGGAUUCAUGGGCUUGGAGAAAGUACGGUCAGAAACCAAUCAAAGGCUCUCCUUAUCCAAGGGGAUAUUAUCGAUGUAGUAGCUCCAAGGGUUGCCCUGCUAGAAAACAAGUAGAAAGGAGCCGUGUGGACCCCACAAUGCUUAUUAUAACCUAUGCUUGUGAGCACAACCAUGCUCUACCUACUACCAAACACCACCACCACCAUCACCACCACAACAACCACCACCAAACACCGCCUCGUGCCACCACCGCCUCUCCGAAUAUUCUGUCUCCCGCAACUCCUCCCGUCUCGGUAGCUCCAUCCGAUUCCGCCGAGGACGGGGCGGAGGAACUGUCUCCGUCGCCGUCGUCUCCGUUGCACAUUAAUCCAUUUGGUGAUCCACCUCAUCUAGAGUUUGUUGGUGACACCUUGAUGUUAGGAAAUGUAGGGGUUGAGUACAAUUGGAUAUCUGAUUUAUCAUUCUACACGCCAGCUUUAGUGGGACCUAAAUGUGAUGAUGCUGAGGUGACAACAUUUCCAAUGAAAGAGGAGGAUGAGUCAUUAUUUGGGGACUUGGAUGAACUCCCUGAAUGUUCUUUAGUUUUCCGUCGUGGCCAAGGAAGCAUCGAUAGGUGUACUUCCGCCCCUCCGAUAUGUGGGAGUACAUGACUUAAAAAAAUUGAUUAUGUAACUUUUUUUUAUACUCCCUUCGUUUCAAAAUAAUUGAAUUGCUUCUACAUAUCGUAAAAAGAAGAAUUUUCAAUAAUCAAAGCAAAAAAGAGCAACACUUGUUUUGAAGCGAGGGAAGUAGUGUUUUGUUUUUAAUCCCAUUGGUUGGGUUUUUCAUUUAUGGUGAUUGUUUAGUUGUUACAUAAACAUCAAGAUGUGUUUUUUACACUAUACUACAAAGAGUUGAGAAUGAACUGAUUCGCACAAAAAAAUUUUGUUGACUGUUGAUUCAUAACUUUGGUUAAAUGGAUAGUUUAUUCUGUUCA